CUGGAUAAGACGCUGUACUUUUUCAUAGCCGGCAGGUAUGAGUUCAGCAAUAAAGGCGCCGACAUUUUCAUCGAGUCGUUGGCCCGACUUAACCACUAUUUGAAGUCGACCGGAAGUGAGAUGACUGUAGUGGCGUUCCUCAUAUUCCCGGGCCGUACCAACAACUUCAAUGUGGACUCAUUGAGAGGUCAGGCCAUUGCCAAACAGCUCCGGGACACCAUCGACGACGUCCAGUCA